UGCCGUAGCGCUCCGCAGGGCCGGCGGCCGAGGCGAUGCUGCGGGCGGCGGAGCGGCGCUGAGCGCUCCCGCCGCCUCCUCCUCUCGCCGCGGACGUUGCCCGGUGCCGGAUACAAAAUGGCGCUGCCGUCACGGGCGGCGGCGGCGCUGCUGCUGCUGGGGCUGCUGCGCUCGGCCGCCGGCGGCUGCCCCGCGGGCUGCGCCUGCGGCGGGGACACGCUGAGCUGCGGCGGGCUGGCUCUGCCCGCCGUGCCCCGGGACCUGCCCCGCUGGCCGCGGCACGUAAACCUGAGCUACAACAAGUUGGCAGAGAUUGAUCCUUCUGUCUUUGCAGAGCUGUCGAACCUGCAGGAAGUGAGGCUGGACCACAACGAGCUGAGUGCCAUUCCCUCGCUGGGCUCUGCUGCUUCCAGCGUCCGCUCCCUGUACCUGCAUCACAACAGGAUCCGCAGCAUCGAGGGCAGAGAGCUGCAGCCCUACGUUACCCUGGAAACGCUGGACCUGAGCUUCAAUGACAUCACGGAAAUCCGAAACGGCUGCUUCCCACAGGGACUGCUCAUCAAGGAGCUCUACCUGGGGAGCAACAGAAUCAGCACCCUGGAGCCCGGUGCCUUCGAUAGCCUGUCCCGGACCCUGCUGACACUCAGGCUGAGUAAAAACAGGAUCACCCAGCUUCCUGUCAAGGCCUUCAGGCUGCCCAGGCUAAUUCAGCUGGAGCUGAACCGCAAUCGCCUCCGCCUGAUUGAAGGGCUGACGUUCCAGGGGCUGGACAGCCUGGAAGUGCUGAAACUGCAGCGCAACAACAUCAGCAAACUCACUGAUGGGGCUUUCUGGGGCCUGGCCAAAAUGCAAGUUCUGCACCUGGAAUACAACAGCCUGACAGAAGUGAACAGUGGCUCUCUCUAUGGCCUUUCCUCUCUGCACCAGCUCCACCUCAGCAACAACUCUAUAUCCCGCAUCAACCCCGAUGGCUGGAGCUUCUGCCAGAAGCUGCACGAGCUGAUUCUCUCCUACAACAACCUGACCAGGCUGGAUGAGGGAAGCCUGGCAGACCUGGGGGGGCUGCACGUGCUGAGGUUGAGCCACAAUUCCAUCAACCACAUUGCAGAAGGAGCUUUCAGGGGACUCAAAAACCUCCGUGUCCUGGAGCUGGACCACAACGACAUCUCAGGCACAAUAGAAGAUACCAAUGGAGCUUUCACAGGCCUGGAAAACCUGAGCAAGCUAACUCUGUUUGGAAACAAGAUCAAGUCGGUGGCCAAGAAAGCGUUCUCAGGGUUGGAGGCUCUGGAGCACCUGAACCUGGGGGACAACGCCAUCCGCUCCAUCCAAGCCGAUGCCUUUGCCAGGAUGAGGAGCCUGAAGCAGCUGCACAUUAACAGUGACAGCUUCCUCUGUGACUGCCAGCUCAAGUGGCUGCCCCAGUGGCUGGUGGAGAAGGAGCUGCAGUCCUUUGUGGUGGCUACCUGUGCCCAUCCUGAGUCACUGAAAAGCAAGAGCAUUUUUGCCAUCCAGCCAGAGAGUUUCGUGUGUGACGAUUUCCCCAAGCCCCAGAUCAUCAUCCAGCCUGAGACGACGGUGGCUGUGCUGGGCAAGGACAUCCGCUUCACCUGCCUGGCAGCCAGCAGCAGCAGCUCCCCCAUGGUGUUUGCCUGGAAGAAGGACAAUGAGAUGCUGCACAACGCCGAGAUUGAGAACUUCGCGCACGUGCGCGCCAAGGACGGGGAGGUGAUGGAGUGCACCACCAUCCUGCACCUGCGGCACGUCACCUUCGCGCACGAGGGCCGCUACCAGUGCGUCAUCACCAACCACUUCGGCUCCACCUACUCCAACAAGGCCAGGCUCACUGUCAAUGUGCUGCCAUCAUUUAUCAAAACCCCCCACGACAUUACGAGCCGGACGGGCACGACGGCGCGGCUGGAGUGCGCGGCCGAGGGCCACCCCGCGCCGCAGAUCGCCUGGCAGAAGGACGGCGGCACCGACUUCCCCGCGGCCCGCGAGCGCCGCAUGCACGUCAUGCCCGACGACGACGUCUUCUUCAUCACCGACGUCAAGGUGGAGGACAUGGGCGUCUACAGCUGCACGGCGCAGAACUCGGCGGGCUCCGUGCUGGCCAACGCCACCCUCACCGUGCUGGAGACACCAUCCCUGCUCCAUCCCCUGGAAGACCACGUGGUGUCCGUCGGCGAGACCGUGGCUCUCCAGUGCAAAGCCACGGGCAGCCCCCCGCCCCGCAUCACCUGGCUGAAAGGUGACCAGCCCCUGGUGGUGACAGAAAGGCACCACUUCACCUCGGGCAACCAGCUGCUGAUUGUCAGGAACGUGGUGCUGGAGGACGCAGGGAAGUACACGUGUGAGAUGUCCAACACGCUGGGCACGGAGCGCGCGCACAGCCACGUCAGCAUCCUGCAGGCGCUGGGCUGCCGCAAGGACCGCACCACCGUGGGCAUCAUCACCAUCGCCGUGGUCUGCAGCAUCGUGCUCACCUCCCUCGUCUGGGUCUGCAUCAUCUACCAGACCAGGAAGAAGAGUGAGGAGUACAGUGUCACCAACACAGAUGAGACUAUAGUGCCUCCUGAUGUGCCAAGCUACUUGUCCUCCCAGGGGACCCUCUCGGAGCGCCAGGACGUGGCCAUUGGCGUGGACACCCAGCAGCCCAACGGGCACAUGGACAGCAACGGGAUGUGUCAGGCUGAUGCUGGAAGGUGUCCAGAUGUUGAAGCUCCUGCUGUAGGUUGUAGGCAGCCCAAGCUGUGUAUCAGCUAUAACAAAGACACUUGGAAAACUGAGGACAUGGCUGAUGGAAUGCUUGUUCCAGAUAAGACAGGCUACGGGCUGCCCGUGGUGUGCACGGAGUGCAGCGGCAGCACCGACAGUGAGCGCGUCCACCCCUACCCCAAGGACUGCCAGGGCCUAAAGACUGUGGAGAGCAGCCACCCCAAUGCACUGAGCAGCAGGGAGCACCAGAGGAAGAGGGGUGCAGGCACCAGCCUUCUUCAUGCCCAGCCCUGCAAUGGCAUUGCCAGUGGCAGGAGGGUGGAGACAGACGGGACCCUGUACCCCAGCAACCACGACAGGAUACGGCCGGAGGGCGCGCACGGCUCUUCACAAGCAGCAGCAAAGCCUUCAGAGCUUAACAACCUUAAUUUGGUGAGAGCUUCGCCUGCAGGAGGGUCAUUGAAGCAACUGAACGUGCUUCCUGAAAUAUCCCCAGCACUACUGGAUCUGCAGGGGGAAGCAGAGGUGGAGCAGGCUCUCCUGCCCAGCCACAGCACAGCCCAGCCCCACGACUCCACUCAUGAGCCCAAGCUGCCCAACAGGUCACUGGACUGAGAGCACAGACUGACUGCCACGUGCAAAUUAACAAACACACUAUUACUUUUUUAAAUUUUUUUUUUUUUUUUGCACAGAGUAUAUAGGCUACUUACUUCUACCUCGAAUCUUGAACUGAUGGCCUGGCAAAGGCAACCAACUGAGGUAUGAGAAACAAGCUUGUAUGGGGAACAAACUCCUGUUCGAGCGUCAUCUGAUUGUACAUAGUUUAAAACUUCCCUGAGAAGUAUGAAGUGUUCAAAAGUCAACUUGCAUAUGAAGCACAUAAAUGCAAGGGAUUAUUGUGUAAAGAGAAAAAGUAUUUGAUACAAUUGUACAUAAGAGUUUUCAUAUAUAAAUAUAUAUAUAUUAAAAAAAUAUAUAUAUCUUUUACAGAGGCUAUUUUAAUCUUUAGUGCAUGGAAAACUGAGUGAAAUUUUACAGUUUUGGCAAUAUUGUUUUCAGUAUCAGGUUGCUGUUAAACUUUGUGAGAGAAAUAAUUCUGGUGCCUUAAAUGUAUAAACAAAACUUUUAAAAGCCAGACUGGUCCAAAGGGAUUGCCCUCUUUUCAGUGGAAGUUCCUUUACACCAUGUGCACUGGGGUUGGGGCAAUCCCAGGUACUGGUUGGGUGGAAAAGUGACCAGAACAGCCCUGUGGAGAGGGAUUUGGGGUGUUGGUGGAGCAGAGGCUGGACAUGCCCUGGCCGUGGGUGCUCACAGCCCAGAAAUCCAAUCUGGCCUGCAUCCAGAGCAUUGUGGGCAGCAGAGUCUCCUCUGCUCCCCUCAGGUGAGGCCCCGCCUGGGGUUCUGCACACACUUCUGGUGCCCUCGAUUCAAGGAGUAAUGAGUUCAAACUGAAAAAGGGGAAAUUUAGGUUAGAUACAGAAGAAAUUGAAAUUCUUCCUUGUGAGGGUGAUGAGGCACUGGUACAGGUUGCCAGACAAGCUGCAGAUGUCCCGUCCCUGCAGGUGUUCAGGCUGGAUGCACCUCUGAGCAACCUGGACUAAGGAAAGCUCUCCCUGCCCAUGACAGGGGGUUGGAACAAGAUCAUCUUUAAGGUCAGGACAGGCUGCAUAGAUGGGCUAAAUCCAACAACAUAAAAUUUAACAAGUCCAAGUGCUGGGUCCUACACUAUGGCCACAACAACCCCUGCAGUGUUAGAGGCUGGGCACAGAGUGGCUGGACAGUGCCAGGUUUCACAAAGGGACCUGGGGGCACUGGUUGAGACCUGACUGAACAGGGAGCUCAUUCUGCCCCUGUUUUCUGCACUGGUGAGGGCACACCUUGAGAGCUGUGUCCAGCUCUGGCCCCUCAGGUUGGGAAGGACGUUGAGAUGCUGGAGCUUGUCCAGAGGAGCGCAACAAGGCUGGUGAAGGGCUUGGAACACAAACCCUGUGAGGAACACCUGAGGGAGCUGGGGGUGCUCAGCCUGGAGAAAAGAAGGCUCAGGCUUAACACUCUCUACAAUUCCUGAAAUGUGGCUGGAGCCAGGUGGGGGUCAGGGUCUUGUCUCAGGCAACCACUGACAGAAUUAGAGGAUACAGCCUGAAACUGUGCCAGGGGAAGUUUAAGGUGGACAUUAGGAAAAUAUUCCUCACAGAAAGUGACUGGACAUUGGAAUGGGCUGCCCAGGGAGAUGGUGGAGUCACCGUGCCUGGAUGUGUUUAAAAAAAGACUGGAUCUGGCACUUAGCCAUGGUUUAGAUGAUAAGGUGGUGUUAGGUCAUAGGUUAGACUUGAUCAUCUCAAAGGUCUCUUCCAACCUAGUUAAUCCUGUGACUGUCCCUUCCAACUCAAGACUUUCUGUGAUUCAACUGGAUUACUUAGCACAAAUUUCCUUCCCCUUGGAAAUUUAUUGUACUUAACACAUUUAAUAACAGAGCUCUUCAAUUGUGUCAAAUGAAAUUUAUAAAGAAAAAAAGCAGUGAGCAAUUACAUGGCAACCUGAUAUUUUCCUGUUGGUGGAAGAACUUGAAUUCCAUUUUUUUCAAAACUUCAUAAAAAUUAGUAUUUGAACUGUGACUGUGUGAGACUUUAGAGUGGACCACACAGGAGGCACUAAAUAACUCUUCAACAGUGCAGAGCCCCAAAACAACCAGAGGAAAAGGCUGUUUUGACUGGGAAGAAGUUGUUACCAAAAUAAAUAACUGGUGCAGUAAACCAGGGGUGGUCUCACAACAGUGCACCUCUCAAACACGUCAUCACAGAGGUUUUACCUGCCAUGUGUGCACACUCUGAGCACCACAGCCCUCACCACAGCCCUUCCCCUCCCAAAGGGACCCAGCUCUACCUGUCUGAGGUGUGUGCAGCAAUCCAGCCUUGCCAGCUCAGAAUAAAUAACCUGUGCCAGUGUAAUGCAUUUUCACACCCAAAUCCCACAUCUGUUCUGUGGGGGUUUGAAACCAUAGAGCUGUUUUGACAACAAAACUAAACUGUACUCCUGAGGGGACAGCUGUAUCACUAAUUCAUCCAAUAAUUUUUUUCCCUACAUCACAAUAUUACACUUUGUAGUUGAACAGCCAAACUCUCUAUAUGAAAACAUCACCUUCAAGUGAGUUAUGCUGCCUUGUGUAGCAAUUCUGGGCUAGUUAGAAAUACUUGUUUUAUAAGGAAAACUGUGGAUUCAUGGUUGAACAGACUUUUAAAUGGAAAUGUCCCAAAUGUUUUUAUGGUUUUUAAGUUCAUCCAUUAAUGGGGGGGGAUAUAAAGAAAUGCCCACCUCAGUCAAACAGAUCUUUGUCACUUCUGACUUCACAAUGACGCUUUUUAUUUAUAGGAAGGUUGCUUUCUGUUGGUGUUUGUUGGUACCUGUGGAUGGAGGACUCCCAGUUCUUUGUGAUUUGAGUUCUGCUAACAUGAGGUUGCUAACUCUGGUGAUGACUACUUGGGGGCAGGUUUAUCAUGGGUGGGAGGGGGGUGCUGUUACCUUUUUCCUUAGGAGCAACUCAAAUACCAGUUCCAGUGAGGCCGAGUCUGGGAAUCCACCUUUGCCAGGACUGUGGUUCAGAACCAGCAGCAGAGACAAGGGCAGAAACACUUCAUGGUCACUUUAGCUCCAUCACUGAGGGACCUGUCCCAGUGCUGCUGCACCUGGGGGGUUUCAGGCAGUGAAAGCUGCAAGCUGCCCCUUGGUUUAUCACAACCAACCCAGCCCAGCCUUAUCUCCUGCAAGGGAAGGACCUGGGGUCAGGGGGAGCAGCAGCUGCCCCUGCAUGGAGCCAGGCAUAAUUCACCAGUACCUGUCUGUCCCAGUCCCUGACUAUUGACACGUUUGCACUUUGAGACAGGUGGCGAAUUAUGUUGAGUGCCAAGUUUAUUCAGAGCAGAGGAAAUGGAUGUUAGAAAAUUAUAAACCGAGCAGAGUUUUCCCUUUGCUGAAGGGAAAAGUGCUCCAGAACCAACUCAUGGAACCAGGGACGUGGGGGAGAUGGGAAUGAUUCAAUGGGCUCGUUUUGCUGGCAGGAAUGUCAUCACCAGUGCAGAUACAAAAGCGUAUUUGCCAUGUUAACAUUGAAAAUAAUGGUUCUGAAUAAAGUUAACUGCCUAAUGUUAUGACUUCCACUAAAUAUGUGAAUUUGCUGCUUCUAAGAGGCAAUGUGAAAGAGGAAGUAUUACUUUUGUGUACAAAUUUAUUUAUUUAUUAGAGAAUUUGGUACAAUGUUGUACAUUGAAAAACAUGUAAGAUAUUGAAGUGUCUAACAAACGGCAUUGAAGUGUCUUUAAUAAAGGUUCAUUUAUAAUAUUACAGCUGAUCUGUUGAGAGUGAGCUUUUGGGAGUUUCAGUUGGAAAUUAAAUAAAAUUCUAAUCCAUUGCUA